AUGAAAUCCAGUUUCGGAAAGAAAGAAGGAGAAUAUUCGAGAUUAGUGAGCAAAUCCAGCAACAAAUUGCUCAAUUCUCUAUGGGAAAAGAAGCAAAUCCCAGAAGAAGGUUGGACAGAACACACCCUAGAUCUAUUCCUGUCAUGGUUGUCAUCUCACGACACCAACAAUCGUGUUGAUAUGAUUCCGGUUGGAGCUGGAGAACGUGAAGGAAGAGUUUUGACGCCAUUGGUUCAACGCUUACAUUCAAACCUGACGCAUGGAAUUGGGCGAAGUGGAAACUUGUUGGAAAUCCAACCGAAAGCCCUGGGAUCAUCUAUGCUGGCCUGCCUUUCCAAUGAGUUUGCCAAGCAUGCACUUCAUCUUCUAGGUCUACAAACAGUUAAAUCGUGUAUAGUAGUCCCAUUAUGUACUGGAAUGUCUCUAUCUCUUUGUAUGACUUCAUGGAGGCGACGAAGGCCGAAAGCAAAAUACGUGAUUUGGCUCCGUAUUGAUCAGAAGUCAUCGUUAAAAAGUAUCUAUCACGCUGGCUUCGAAGCAAUUAUUGUAGAACCAACAAGAGAUCAUGAUGCACUAGUCACUGACGUAGAAACAGUGAAUCGAAUUGUGGAACAAAGAGGAGAAGAGCUGCUAUGUGUGAUGACAACGACAUCAUGUUUCGCCCCUCGAUCCCCAGAUAACAUUGAAGCGAUAUCAGCAAUUUGUGCCGCCCACGACGUCCCUCAUUUAGUAAAUAAUGCCUAUGGAUUACAAAGUGAAGAGACAAUUCGAAAGAUUGCUGCAGCACACGAAUGUGGACGAGUGGAUGCAGUGGUUCAAUCACUGGAUAAAAACUUCCAGGUUCCUGUUGGCGGAGCACUGAUUGCUGGAUUCAAACAAAGCCAUAUCCAAUCGAUUGCACAAGCAUAUCCAGGAAGAGCUUCUUCUGUUCCAUCUCGAGAUCUGGUUCUUACUUUUCUCUAUCAAGGACAAUCGGCGUUUCUAGAGCCAUUCCAGAAACAGAAACAGAUGUUCCUGAAAAUGCGCAGAAAACUGACUUCCUUUGCUGAGAAUGUUGGAGAAUGCGUAUAUGAUGUUCCGGAAAACGAAAUCAGUUUGGCAAUGACUCUCUCGACGAUUCCACCCACGAAACAGACUUUAUUCGGCUCUGUUCUUUUCUCUAGAGGAAUCACAGGAGCAAGAGUUGUGCAAUCAAGUCAAUCCAAAACAACAAUCGAAGGAUGCGAGUUUGUAAACUUUGGAUCUCAUACUGCAGAACAACACGGAGGAUAUUUGAAUAUUGCCUGUUCUAUUGGAAUGGCAGACCAUGAAUUGGAAGAACUGUUCACUCGACUCACUUCAAGCUACGCUAAAUUUAUUCGACAAUUAGCAAAGGAAGACGAUAGGCGUGGUGGUUCCUCAGGAAGAAGAGUUCCUAUGAAUGAAUCAUUCGAUAUGGAGAACGAUUAA